GGAGUAGUAUUGUUGGUAUACAAAUCUGUCAAAUAGAAGUCUCGUGACUUUAUUUUCAAAUUAAUUUUUUAUCGAUACAAAAUAACCAUGAAAGCUUAGACAUUAAAUAUAGGCUAGUGGAAAGGCUUGAAGUGGACAAGAUGGUCAGUUUAGGAAAUGAUUCGACUAAUGCGAGACAUUCCGGAGGUUAUUUUUUUAACGAUGAUUCAGUACAGAAUAGUGAUGAUGAUUUAUUGGUGGAUCAUUUAACACUAACUAAUGACACUGAUCCUCCAUUCAGAAAGAUAAAUAUUAUCUGGUCCAUAAUUGCUGUUAAAAUAUUAUUUAUUGUUUUAAUAUUAGCAUCGUUUUUGGUGCCAGUAUUAUGUGACAAAGGGAAAUGUGGAACUGAUCCAUUUUCUAUAGUAGUAUAUACCCACGGUGGUAUGUGGUGCGUAUUACUGGUAUUUGAUCGUUAUUUCCGACAUAAACACCACGUCAGUCGUCUACAGGGUUAUUUAGAAUUCUACAGAAAAACCAGAUAUAUUCGUCGAUGGCCGUUUACUUUGAAUUCAGGAGCCAAUGCUUUAGCUGUAGUUGUAGUAAGAGUGGUAGAUAAAUAUUGUAGUAAAGAGAAACCAUGUACAGUAUUAGACAGAGAUAAUUAUAUCCAGAUAGUUAUAGCAGUAGAAGUUAUACUUGUAUUACCUGUACUCAUCCUAUAUUUAGUACGUACAGUGAAGUUUAAUCGUCAGAAAGCUUACCCUGAUGUAUCACAGGAUGAAAUGUUGACAAGUUUUAUACAGUCUCAGUCCAUGGCUUCUGAUGUUGGCUUUAAGGACGAGAAUUUUGUCGACCAGGUUUUAGAGAAACAGGCGGACAUGAUCCGUUAUUUAAAGCAGCACAACACUCAACUUGGUAAACGUAUUCUUACACUGACGUCUGAGGUCAACGCUUAUAAAUCACAGAGUAGAGCGUCACAUUCUAUUGGUUCUAUAAACUGAACAUUAACCAAUCAGAAAUCAAGGUUAAUACUGCAAAAAUCGUUGUUACUUAAACUAUGCAGGAUAUAUGUGGGAUGAAUCAAGUUUUUACAAAGUCUGAAUGAUGGAUUGUUGGACCAUGACUUGUCAAUUGUAUCAUCACCAUAGCCUUAUGUUCACAUCUCAAUGGAGUCAUCAAUGUGUUCCACCAACCUGGUUUUUUCCUAUGUAUUAUAGACAAGUUUGUGAUUUUCUUGGGCUAUUUAUAUAAUGAUAAAUGCUUAUCAGCAGGAUACCAUUAGCAUUAACAUAUUGUUAAUGACAAAUUUGUGAUCUCUUCAGUUAGCAUUGACAUAUUAUAUAGUUAAUUAUAAAUGCUUGAUUAUAAAUUAGGUACAGCAUAACUCAAUAUUGUUAAUGUGUGACUCAGCUGUUUGGAUGUCAAGGGCAUGAUUUGUAAAUGCUAAUGGUCAUUUUGGUUUUUUAUAAUAAGGUGACUGUAUUUAUAAUGAAUUCAUUACAUAAUGUUUGCAAAUAAUUUGAGAAUCAAAGAUAAAUAUAAUUUUAGGGAGAGAUCUAUGGUGAACUUCUUGAACCGUUUAGCACCGGGACUGUCCGAAACUAUUUCUUGUUAUUUAUUGUGUUACUAUCAGCAUUUUCAUUUUUCAUAUGGGCAUUGUGUAUAAUAAUGAAAUGAAAUGGGGAUUAACGUCCUACUGUUCUGCACCGACUGGGCUAAUGAAGACGAGCAUACUCCAUACAGUGUGGCAUUGUACUUAGUAGCUUUGAUGGGCCAAAUCUAAUUUUAAAGAUGCAUUAUGUAAGAGUUAAAUUUGUCUAUUUGUAGGUCUUUCAUUGGCUUGAAAUAUUAUAUGAAUUAUUAAUUUGGCAUGACAAGCCCAAAAUCAACUCAUUAGACUAUCUGAUGACCUUGAUAUUGAAUGGAUUAAAAUACCUUUGCCAUUUAAUAAUAUAAUGUAAACAUGGAUAACUGAGACUUGUUUAUUAUCAUAGCAAUAUUACUUGACAAUUCAUUGUCAAAACUUCAAACACUCAUAACUUUGCACAGAAUAAAAUAAUUAGUAUGAAACUUUCAAUAUAUUCAUUAUUCAGUAUCUAUGUUUCAACUAAUAUAUCAAGAAUGGCUAGCUCUUUCCCUAAAUCUUACAUAAUGCAUCUUUAAAUAUAUAACAUAAAUGAUUAGAUCUCGAAACAGAGUUCAAUAUGUUGAAAUUUCGAGUCUGUAGUUGUAUCAGGUGACAGUAGUCAGCACAAUGUAUAUUAAUUGGGCUGCCAUUAUGUAUCCAUCUAGUCUGUCCCAAAAGUGUUGGGAAGAGUUAGUUAGCGCAGUGUUGUUUUUUUAAUUAUAUCAAUUGGGAUGCCAAUCCUAUCUUUGUUAAGUCUUGAUGCAUCAUUUUAGCGCUGUAGGAAUCACUUGCAAAUCACAAAGACGAAUCUCUAAUAGAAAUAUAUGUACAAAAAUGGUUCAAAUCCAUUCAAUAUUUACAAAGGUAUGAGGAAGUAAACUUCCAUCAAUUUAUGCUGCUGGCUUUGUAAUAAAGCCUGUUUUAAACCAGAUUGAAUCCAAGCUGGAACAUUAUCUAGCAUUGGUAUUUUGGUUUCUUAAUUAAACAUACAUUAUGCAAGAGCAAAAUCUGCUUAUUACAAGUCUUUCUUUAGGCCUCAAAUGUUAUCUAAAUUAUCAAUUAGACAUUAAUUAACUUAACCAGACCAUAAUAAACUCUCGAUGUCAAGGCUAGCCUUCGAUGUUGGCUGGAUUAGAUUCCUAUAUGCCUCUUACGGCCAUUGAUAAUUAAAUUAAAAAAAGUGGAUAAUCGAGACUAUGCUGUUUAUAUUAAUGAUUUUAGUAAUGAUGACCGAGACUAUGCAAAAAUUUCACCCGCGUCUUUCUCGGCUCAUAGUGGAUCAAUUUGACUGAAAUUUUCAGCAAAUUACCUUUACACUAUCUAGUUUUUAACUAUUAUAGCGAGAACUGCCAUCUCUUUAUCUUAUCUCCCAUAAUGUAUCUUUAAAUGAUAAAUAUUUAAUCUAGUACAUAGAGGAUAUUUGUCGUUUUAGAGUGAAUAACAUAUUUUAUUUCAUCGAGAAGCAAGAAAACCUAGCCAGUGGAAUAACACUUUUAUUUCACUGAUAAAACGCGGUAUUCCACUACUGAUCAUAAAAUAAAUAUUAUUAUUAGCAUGGGUUAAUCUGUAAGAAAUUUGAUAUUUUAGUGAAACAUGCCAAUGAUGCAUCGUAACUUUAAAAGUAUCUGACAACCUUCUAUGUGGUGUUGCAUAAAACUAAAUCAUUUAGCCAACGAUCAAAUGUUAUUUGUUGUAGUCUUUUACACAAUAAUUUACAAUACUCCCUUGCAGUUAUUAUUUAUUGCAACAGAACUGACACUCUUCGCAAAGACAAAUGAAGUUUACUAGAGUAUGAAGCAAAUUUGUUAAUCAUUAACUCUACUCCACAAAACGUAAUACUAUUACGUCUGGCACCAAGUUCACAAAGCAUUCUGAGACUUAAGUUAAGAAUUUACUCAAAAUUGUUCACCUUAUUUUAACUAAAAUAUAGCCAAUUAUAAAACUUUUGUUGUUUUAUUGUAUCAAAUACAUAGAAAAGAAACUAUGUGUAAAGUAUUCUGUUUCUGGAUCAAAGAUGUUUCUCAUAAACAAUGAUUGAAAGUUGAGCAAAUUCUUAACUUAAGUCUGAGAAUACUUUGUGAACUCAGGGCCCCAGACCAGGAAACAUUCAGUUAAGUUUAUCAGUAGUGUCCAUGACUGGUUUGGAGAGAGUGUAAAUGGGCACAGUGUACUUUAUCAUGACUCAGUUAUGGGGUUUAAUAUGAGCAGUGUAUGUAAACCUACACAAGGAAACCUAUUUCACUGAUUAGUGAAAUACUGAAAUAGCCCUGGAUAUCUUUUAGUUGUAAUGUACCAGUAUAUUGUUGUAACCCUGUCUGUCGGUCUCCUUUAACAUUUCUUGUUAGUGCACUCGAACUGGCAAUUAUUGAUAUAUCUUUUACAAAUGAAAUGAAAUGCACCGACUCGGCUAAUGAAGAUGGGCAUAUGCCAUGCAGUGUGCAAUGAGGGAAAUUUAUUUCGAAUUCCAACUGUCAAGGGUUGUUUUAAGUGCAUGCCAGUGUGUACACAGCCCCCGUUUCUUUGCCAGGCCCUGCAUCCUACACCACUGACAAGGGGAACCACGCCGGAACAUUCUCGGCCAAAGCAGGGAUCAUCAUCGAACACGGGACCUCAAGGUUAGCAAGCCAUGUCUUACUCACUGAGCCACUAUGGCACCCUAUAUCUUUUACAAAUUGAUAUGGGUUUAAUAUAUCAUUGAAAUGAAGAAUCCUAUGGAUUUCUAGCGAUUUAAUUAUGAUCUGAUAUUUUUGAAUUUUUAUGGAUUGUUUACAUGAUAACUGUUUGGAUGACUUGGGUGCUGGUUGGUGUAUAUUACGUUGCCUGGCAACCUAUGUUAGUUUAUCACAUCGUUAUUACUUCCCCUCUCUCUUUUUAUUCUGUUAAUAAAUAGUUCCGGUGGAAGAAUCCUUUUAUUAUUUUGCUUUUUCUUUAUUAUAAACAACUUUUAUCAAACCCCAGACAAAAAAUAUUUGUAUUUUUUUAUCAACCCUCAGUAGUGUUCACAUGUAUUGGACUAUUCGUAUUCAAGGCAUUUUAAACUGAUUUACUGAAUGUCGAUAAAAACCUUGUUCAAUUUUUGCUUCCUGUAGGAAAUGUUUACUGAUAUUUAAAAGGAAAUAAAAACAAUAAAAAAAACUUCAACCAAUUAAGAAUAGCAUUCGAAUAACAACUUAGACUAUUUGAAUACUAAAAUCAGCAUUCAAUAUUACCACUAAUAACCCAAUUAAAGAUAAAGAGCAAUGUUGUUUCAUUAUCUGGUAUUUGAGUAGUUUAUUUGAGUUCCCUUCUUCAAAAAGGGUGGGUGGCCGAAUGGUUAGCAUGAGCGUGCUGUAUCAUACAGUCUGUCAUUGAGUCAACUGGCAGGGUUUCGAUUCCCCGGUUGUACGUGACAAGGAGUAGAGUUGCCUGUCCAACCUCGUGGGUUUUCUCUGGGUCCUCCCACUGCUAAAGACCCCAACGCACAAGCGAAUUAUUGAAAUAAAAUUGAACCAUGUGUUAGUCCAGAAAUGACCUAAUUUGUGUCGAGUGGAAGUUAAACCCCAUUUCUCUCUCUCUCUCUUUCUUCAAAAGCCAUAGCUACCAGGUAAAAUAUAUCCUGUGCUUUCAGUUCAGUUUGUGAUGAAUAUACCCAUUUACUUGAAUCUAUUGAAAUAUAACUUGUGAAUGCUGUUAUUAAAUUUUUGAUUCUGUUAUUUUAUUCUUUUGAUAUUUUUUUUCACUAUCAACUAUAACGAUGCUCCUUUCAUUAAAUAAAUAUUACAACACUGUUGUGCUAUAUA